AGAGAGACACCGCCACUGGUGCUGUAGCUUGAAAAUAACUCUCUUCGCUCGCUAACACGCUACCGAUUAGUAUCUGUUUUCCCGGCUAUACGCCUAUAAACGCAGCAGAACAGGUCCCGGAGCUCCAGUACUGAACUCCAGCAGCGGGAUGGAGUGGUUUGGAGGCGGCAUGUGCCAGCCUGAACAGGACCGAAAGGAAAAUAUGCCCUGCACACACCCACACGAGGCAAGUGCGGAGAGCAUGGCGUCUCUGUGUCAGCGGCAGCAGCACUGUGUGAAGGCCUCCAUCGCAUCAGAGUGGCAGCUGGCAGAAGCGCAGGAUCAGCUCUGCGGUCUGGAGCUCCACAGCUCCGAGUCUGUGGAGCAGGAGAGAGCCCGAGCACUGGCCUCCUCCACUGAACUCUCGCACACUGAACACCAGUGGAGGCUCAAAGAGAGGAUGCUGGGCACGCUGUGUCCUGAAGCCAACCGGGAUGUGUUUGACAAGAGUAUCAUAAACAUUACACAGUCUUGGCCAAAUGAAUCUGAUCCAGAUAAAAGCUUAAACUUCGUCCAGCGCAAUGAAGAGCUCCUGAAACAUUUUGGUAUGCUGGGAAGGUGGGAUGACAGUCAGCGCUUUCUAGCAGAAUAUCAUCACCUCAUCUGUGAAGAAACAGCCAAUUACCUGAUCCUGUGGUGCUUCCGGCUACAGGCAGAGAAGAAAGAGGCCUUAAUGGAGCAGGUUGCUCAUCAGGCUGUGGUCAUGCAGUUUAUUCUAGAAAUGGCUCGUAACACUCAGCAGGACCCUCGAGGCUGUUUCCGUCACUUCUUUCAGAAAGCCAAAGCCGGACAGGAGGGCUAUUUGGACGUGUUUCACACAGAACUCCAAGCCUUUAAGGACAGAGUUAAAGAGUACACUAUGAAAUCAACAGGAGAAACGCCAAAGGAUACAGUUCACCAAAAUACACCGCCAGCCUGUUGUCUCGACCCCAAGGAGGUGUUUGAGUCUUUGCCACAGGAGCUGAAAACGUGCAUCCAGAUGCAAGACAUGCAGAUUCUUCAGAAUGUGCUGAGCAGCAUGAACCCACAGGUGGCAGAAUAUCAUGUGAAGCGUUGCUUGGAGGCAGGACUUUGGACAAAUAUACCACGAACAUCCAAAGACGAGAGUUCAGAAGUGGACGAAUGGAAAAUGAUGGAAACCUAACAGUGAAAAAACACUCAAGACUUUCAAUCCAUCAUCUAACUUUAAUAGGAAAGAGGCUUUGAGUCAAGGGACAAGAAGAACAAGGGCUGUGCUCAAAGACUUGUGUUUGGUAUCCGUGCCUGAUCGUGUGCUGCACUUUAUAUUUGUUUAAAAGAGAAAGUAUUUUAAGGAAACUGUACUUAUAUUUUUGUGCAUAUUUUGUUACAUUUUGGUUCGGUUGCUGAUUGGUUUUAUGCAGUUCGAAAGAAAACUAGGAAAGUGGUACGAGUAGA